AUGGCAGAAGGCUCGCCUAUCCGUUCCCUCAACGACACCGAGUUGGAAAUCUUGAUGGAGAUUCGUUAUCAAGAUAUCGAACGGGCCGCUGCCCGUGACGAGAUCCUUCAGGGAUUCUGGGACCUAAUUGCUGCGUACCAAGAGUUCAGGGCAUUCGGCUUCUACCUUGUAUCUCCCUACAACGCGUAUAUUCUCUUCAUUCUUUUCAAUCGCCGGAUGGAAGAACUUAACGAAGCCAUGGUUGUGCUGGAUGGACAAGAGAAUUCGGACAACCAGAUCUUCGGACUGGUUUGGGAGGAAAUUUCCAAUGAGAAUUCACUAUCAACAAGCUGCAUUCGAAGUAGCUAG